CGCCGCCUAACCAGUCUCGCCGCAGAGUUGGCAGCGAGAAGACUCGCCUUGCUCUGUGCAGCCAUUCAGCGGGCAGCCUUCAGCAGCACCUUGGCCGUGUCGCGCCUCAGUUGCUCAAGGAACUUACCGCAACGCUUGCCGGCAAAGCGUGCGCUGCCUUCCGGGCUCGAGUUGAUACCGAGCAUACAUAGACUUAGUGAUUGAGAGGACUAGGACGGUGUGCCCUGAGAACAUGCCUGGGCUUCUAUCCCCCACGUGGCGACUCGGAGUGUGGAUGGCGGCCGUGCUCGUAGUGGCGAUGGCCAUGGUGGUGCAGGGCGUCAGUCACCAUCCGCUCAGCCUCAACUCCCGCCUCAACAUGAUGCUGGACCAUGUCGACGCCUCCAUCUGGGACAAGAAGCAACGCUUGGGUGGUGGUCAAAACUAUGCACCUGACGAACAUGACGAUGAUGGUGUCACUAUCGUGGAGUCUGGCAUGGAGGAGGAGGAGACACAGCUGGAGGACAUGCACGACUACGUUAACAUCGCGCCGUGGACUCGCCGCUCGCAACACAGCCUGUCCAUCAACAUCAUAGACAAACAGAAUUUCAAGCGUGCCACGGAGAACGCCCAGCGAGUGAAGAUUGAAGGGAAGUGCCAGGUGCCCCAACAGAGGUGCGAGGCCAUCCGCUCUUCCAACGCCGCAGACAACGCCGUGUUCCUGCCCCGCUGUGCCCUCCUCCACCGCUGCUCUGAGGAUUCCGGCUGCUGCUCCUCCGACGACAAAAUUUGCGGUCCAGCUGAGACAGAGACCGUGGAAUUGUUCUUCUAUGCCUUUAAGGACAUUCGAGCCACGAUAGAGGUGAUGACCUUCGUCAACCACACCCGCUGCGCCUGCCAGCACCGCAACAUUAUAUCCAACAGUACCUGCAAAUGUCCACGCAACUACCAGCCGGUGUCUGUGGAUGGCCAGUGCACUUGCGACUGUGACAUCACCCGCUCCAAGUGCCGCCGGUACAAGAAGGGCCGCCGUUACUUUUCCUCUGUUGAUGUUCGCUGUGUUUCAACCGGGGAAUGCGUCGCUCCCAACUGUGAGUACGGCCCCUUCCUCGCACAGCAGAGGCGAUGCACCAAGCGAAGGGAACGAGAGCGAUACAUCACCAGCAGGAAGUAAACAAAGUGCUGUAGCUUCACCGACUCUCCAUCGACGCCGCUCGUCUGGGGAGGCACACCCUUCGCGUGGCUGUCUGACUUCGGAUUUUCUUUCUUGGGCCUUCACUGUCACCGCCUCGACUCAGCCUUGUACUAUAGCGGAGUGUUAGGAGGAAUCGUCUUGGUAUGAGUGUACAGAGGUGAAGUACGUGGUGCCGCUUCCGCGAGAUUGUUGAUUCUCAGGGUAGUAUCGUGCCGUUUCAAGUACCUGUUUUGGGUAAUGAUCAGUGUUAAGCUGUGUCGGAAUGGAGCACAUCAUGUAUUAAUUUAUUAGGUUUCAUCGUCUUUUUGUCACGGGAAUUACACAGGUCUGUAUUCUCAAAUGCGUCUACAUCUCAUCUCGACUACUUCAAACAGGCUAUAGUGAAAUCUAGUGAUGUGGGUUUUCAAGGGUAUUUGCUCUGAUUCUAGUAAAUUCCUCAUCAUCAUUUGAAAAGAGAAUUCCCUCGAGUACCCUAUCAAUCAUCCCUAUGGCCUGUGGAAAGUAGUCCCGAUGAGAGAACAGAGUUUCAGAAUACUGCCCCCUGGUACUAUUUGCUCUGCUACACAUACCUUUUAAAUAUACUCAAUAUAUUUUGUCAGUUAACCACUCGUAUAUUCAUGCUUUAGGUUUGGUACACUGCUGCAAUAAUGACAACACAGACAGGAGCACUAUGGAUGGUGUUCCGUGCACUCGUCUCCAACAGAUGAGUGGGGCGAGGCGUUAGGGAAUCACGUAUAUGAAUUAUGAACGCAACCGCACAAACGAUUUAUAUGUACUAACCCAUACGCGUUUCUUAUUGUGUUUAUAUAAUUAUGUAUAGAGGCAUGACCGGCUAGGCUUCUACCACUGCCGAGAUAGGAAUGGAGUUAUUUCCAUUCCUCGGUAGGGCUGAGAGGCCAUCAUGCCCUCUGACUUGCUGCAGGUGGUGGACACGGGGGCACAUCAGUCUGCCCCUAUGUUUAUGUGCCUUUUAUCUCACAUUUCUCUACUCUGCUCUCUGUAAAACGUAAUAUUCUAACUAUUCUUCUCUCUUUCUUAAAAGUUCAUAACACAAUUACACUUUAUAGAGUUACAAAACAAGGAACAGGGACAAAAAUUUGGGAACACAAAUGUAUACUCGUAUCUGAUUUUGCACAAUAACGGCGCUCUCUGCUCUUCAACAUUGAACUCCGGGCCAAGAGGGUGGAAAGUAGUGUGUGUGUGUGUGUGUGUGUGUGUGUGUGUGUGUGUGUGUGUGUGUGUGUGUGUGUGUGUGAAUCAGCGUAAUGUGAAUUGCAAAAGGUACAUCUUGACGUCCUACUGUCUUUUUAACCCUUGAAUAUGUAGUUGUUCUUCCAUUUCCUGUCUCACCAAGAUUUCUAUCUAUUUUAUUUCUUUGUUUUGUAAUCUUAUCAUUAUUAUUAUUGUUAUUGUUAUUAUUGUUAUUAUUAUUAUUAUUAUUUUUUUUUUUUUUUUUUUUUUUUGCCCUUGGCCGGCUUCCCCUCUUGCAUAAAAAAAUACUACUACUACUACUACUACUACUACUACUACUGUUGUAGAUGUUAUUAUUAUUAUUUUCAUUGUUUUAUUUGGAUCCAGUCUUAGUUCAUUUAGCUUUGUUUUUAACAUGAAAACUGUCGCACAAUAAAGGAUAUUGAAAUGUAACUUUUAUCGGUGUGUGUGUGUGUGUGUGUGUGUGUGUGUGUGUGUGUGUGUGUGUGUGUGUGUGUGUGUUUUGUUGAAGAGUAAACAAAUAUCUUAUAACUCCUAUUAUGUUUAAUAAAUUUGUAAUGUAUCAUAUGUCAUGGAAUCGGAAUAAAACACUGCAGAUUCACUAA